AUGGCUAUGCAGUAUAUUAACCAGAUCAAGAACCUCCGGCGUUCAUCCCAGAUGGUCAGCUCACCAAAACCGGUGUUGACGCCCGAAGACGAAGCGUAUUUCCGGCAAGUCACCUCCCAGACUGCGCCUGCGGACAACUCCGCAGAGGAAAAUCGCGAAAUCCCUACCGAAAUUCCUACCGAAGAGUCUCAACAGCCUACGCCAAGCACGCCGGCCGAGAAUAUCCCCCUGCCCACAUCGCCGGUUGAGGAAUUUGGGAAAGAACUAGGAGAGGAAGGAAGACAAGAGCGAAGAGAGUCUCAGCCAGAUCUGACAAGAUCAGAGACCCCGAAAUCAGGGACCUCAAAAGCCCCCCAAAAGAAGAAGCGAUGGAGUACUAUGUUCUGGAAAAAGAACACGGACAAGAAGAAUACGGAUGCCGGGGACACGGACAAAUCUCAAAUCGACACCUCAACUCCUCCAAUUGCCUCGGACGCCUCCACGAAUGGAAAGGAGGCAAACAAAGAUAAAGAUGCCGAAGACAUGACCGAUAUUCUUGAAAGACUGAACCUCGCCGCGGAUAACAACCGGGUCUUCUCAGUCAGUGAGGAAACGCAAGAGCUCCUGCGCAAGUUCAAGUUGAUUUUCAAGGACCUGAUCAAUGGUGUCCCAACCGCCUAUCAUGACUUGGAAAUGCUCCUCACCAACGGCAAUCGUCAACUGCAGGAAACCUACACGAAGCUACCCGGUCCCAUGCAAAAGUUGAUCGAAAGGCUGCCUGAGCGCUGGACAGAGACCCUGGCACCCGAGAUGCUGGCUGUUGCAGCCGAUCGCGCUGGGAAGAGUGGCGUCAACAUGGAGAAUGUGGGCAAGGCCGCCGCCGCUGCUGAAAAGAUGGGGAUCAACGUCCCCAGCCUGAAAGAGCUAGUAUCAAAGCCAGCUGCGCUGGUGGGAAUGCUCCGCUCGAUCAUGGCAUUCCUCCGAGCUCGAUUCCCGGCCGUGCUGGGAAUGAAUGUGCUCUGGUCAUUAGCUUUAUUCAUUCUCUUGUUUGUCUUGUGGUAUUGUCACAAACGGGGGCGUGAGGUUCGCCUUGAGAAUGAGCGUCUGGUCACGGAGGAGGAGAUCAGCAAGCUCAACCAAGACACCUCUGAAGGAUUAAUACGUCCGACUGAAACACUGACCACCACUGCACCUCAAGGUGCCACCUCCGAGGAAAUUCGCGAGGGCGUGCGAAAGGUGGAAGAGGCCCGCUCGGGUGCCUCCGAGAAUGGCUCUCCGGUCGAGGCUCCAGGCCAGGAAGCCUCUCGGCCGCCUCCCAUGCCCACCCGGUCGAAAUCCCGACUCUCUAUCUUUGGUCGGGCCAAGACCGAGCCGGUCACCAACACUGUGGCGCCGUAUCCUGGAACUUGA